AUGAGUGAGGCCGAACCAUCUGUCGUGGUGGCCGAGCAGUGCCGACGAUCUGCCUGCGAUCGUUGUCGAGGCCAGAAACUGCGCUGUGAGCGGCCAGUGUCUAACUCGAGUACGACUCCCUGUCGUCGUUGCCUCAAAGCUCAUGUUCGCUGUGUUACAACCGCUCAACCGCAUCGGACGAAACCACUUUCUUCUCUUCAAUACCUGCAUCAUACAGAGUCCAACUAUGAUCCUCAUUCAGCCACCGUAGCGGGGCAACUUCCCGUGGCUGCUGUUGCUGGUCUAGGAGACUUGGAUCCUAGCUUGCUGCAUAUGACUGGUGUGCAGAACCCUCGUCGUCUCUCGCAUUCCUCCAGCAUGGCAAACCCGGUGGACUCGCGGCCACCCGGUCGAACACGGCGAUUGUCCAAUCCUGAUCACUUUCUUCCUCACCCUCCUUUACAUCCGAAUGGCGUGCUGGAUACAGACGGAACACCCUUGUUAGACUCCAUUGACCACCUGCCAGAUAUGACUGCCAGUCGUGGCUUUGGGUUCAGUGCCGCUCUCACUCCACACUCCCCAUCCGGAAGCUCGGACUUCUUCGACUACUUUCGUCCCAUGGCUGAGGACAACAAUCGGUCCCCAUGGAUGGACGCCUUCACAAAUCUCCCCCCAGAUCACCGAGAGGGAACCCCAGCGGGUAGCAAUUACCGCGGAUCCCUGACAGGAGAGAACCAGCUCCGGUCCUCACUGCAGUCUUCUCGUGGCUUAAACGGGUUCGAGACGCCUCAGCGCGAGUCACGCCAUCGCGAGAUGGACAUUGUGAGCAUCAAAAACGAAUGCAUUGCACGGAUGGGCAAGUUGAACCGCGGCCUGCUGCAGGACGUUGGGCUGGUGAACUCGGGCAAAGUGGCAGGAACUCUGCUUUUCUCGCAAGCCUCCCGCUCAACUUAUCUGGAGGUCGAGAAGGGCCGCAAGGGUGGCCAGAACUACGUGAUCGGAAAGAUGCUCCACAGCUCGAAGGAGCUCCUUGACAUCCUCAAGCAGCUGGAGCGAUGUAAAAGCACCUUGUUCCCGCCGGGACACACCGAGCGCACCACUAGCACAGCAGACGAGGUAACGACAGCGAUGACCGAGACAACCACGCUAAACCAGACUGGCUCUCAUGCCCCUUCUUCACCCUUAGGAGGCAAUCCUCUCCCACCACUUUCGGGGCCUUUAUCGGCCUCAGCCUCUCAUUCCUCUUCUUGCGCCUCCUCUUCCUCUGCCUCUGCCUCUACAUCCGGGGCAUCUCUCCUCUCCUCCUCCACCUCCGCCCCUAGCACCUCCCCUGCAAUCUCCUUGCAACUCGACACCACCCUCACCCUCCUCUUCCUCACCGGUUAUACCAGCGUGAUUCAGCUCUACGAGGGCGUCUUUUCCUUCAUCCGCGACUCGGUAGCCGCCAACCCCUCAGGCUCCAACUUCCUGCCGACCCUGCCGAAACUCCAGGUUGACGGGUUCGAGGUCGGCAGCAGCACACGCGACCUGCAGAUCUGCAUCCUGCUGCAGGUGAGCACGCACAUACUCAACCAGAUCGAAGAGCGGCUGCACGCUAUCCGUGACCGCGCGGAGGGGCAUGUCCCUGCCGCGCUUUUGGACACGAUCCUAGAUCGGAGCGAUCCGUCGCAGCGCGGGGCCAAGGGGAGGGAGUUGUGUCGGAUCGUGCGGGAUAUCAAAGAGCAUCUGAAGCAUUAUGCGGAGUAG